AUGGCGGUUCAUUUCUACCGAGAAUUGAACAAUUUAAGCACGGCUGAUUUUCUUGUUGAAAAUAGAAAAAAAAGAGGGAAAUUUUAUCAAGCAGAAAGAAUAAUUUCUAGAAGAACGCGGAAACGAAAGGUUAGCAAGUAAAUAUAGUUUGAUAGUGUUUAAUCUUGUCACAUUGUAACCUAGCUUAAAUUUGGUGUAUAAUUUUGGUGGCUUUAUUAGUUUAUAUUAACGUUUAUUGACUAGAAUUUGUUCCCCUUUAUACAAAUUUUAAGGUUGAAUAUCUUGUAAAGUGGAGCGGCUAUAGUUCCUUGGACAAUAGCUGGGAACCUGAAGAAAAUCUGAAUGCUUUUGCAUUGAGGUAAGAUUGAGUGGUAUUAUUGUGCAAUUGACUGUGCUGGUGUCAUGACAUUCACAUAUAUGUAGUCACAUAGACUGUCUGUGAAGGAUAUUUAAGAGACUGACGUCUUGUUGCAUUUUGUUGUAGAACAUAUUGGAACCCACAACCAACUGCUGAAUUGGUUUCUGCUGGAACUGAUAUGCUGCACACUGCAAUUUUAGACAAUUUAAAAUCUAAAAGUGUGUUGCCAACUGUAGUGAAUUUUAGGCAUGAUGUUUUUAGAUAUCUGUUUAAAGACAGGGGUGUGGAGAGUGAGGAUGGAAGGCAUCUUUUACUUAAUAGAGAUGAUUUUAGUAGGUGCAAGCUACCUCAAGAGUGGGAUCAGCUUUUGGACAGAUUGGGUAAUGGGACAAAGGUGGAAUUCCCUGUGAAAGCAAAGCUGUUUCUUUCGCAGAGCCCCAAAACCCACAAGGUUAUUGGUGGGAAAAUUGUGUUAAUGCAAAGGUAUCAAAUAGAAAAACUUUCUAUCAACUGCAAAAAACAACCAUUUUCUGUUAA